AUGGCUUUGGAAUACGCUCGUUACCAGCCAACUACUCCACCGGGCAUCCAUUUUGAAGAGUACAUCGGAUCAGCCUACAAUCUUAACACAUCCCAUUCGUCCAUCUAUUCGGGCGAGUCCUCGCCGUGGUCAACAAUGACUGGGAACACAAGCCCAAGUUCCUCGCCAACUCGGCACCACCAUGGUCCUGCUCUUCUACCUAAAAUUCGCCCGCAAGAUGUCAUUAUUGAACCUGUAUCUGCCGGUGGGCCCUUGCGCCAUCGGCGAUUCUUAUCCAACACUAGAAACCCACCUGGCUUUGCUCCCUACCCAAGUCGGCCGCCUGUUCAACGAAAUGCCCUUGAAGCUUCAAAGCGCCUGGCCCUAGCUUCUCCUAUCUCGCCGAUCAACUCCACUGGGCAUGCUAGCUCGUCCGCCCUUUCGUCUCCGGUGACUGUCACCCCGAAGAGCAAGCGGAAGGCUCCCAGGGGACACUCACGCUCAGUAUCAACUUCUUGCAUUGAUGAGGCCACUCUCAAUCGUUAUGGAUAUCCUACUUAUCGGCAACUUCCCAAAUAUGUUGCGGCACAGACACAGCCCAGCACUCCAGCCACUCCAGCAACACCAGUAACACCAAGCAUCAUGGUCUAUCCAUCAUACUCCCAAGUAUCAACAGCUCAAGUGCCUCGUAUUGGUCCUGUUCGCCCUCACAAUCCGUUGACAGUUCCCACGCCGCCGUACAAUUAUACUCAAGCACACGGAGUCCAGCCAUCACCGGUGCCACCACUCAGCCCUACGGAAGAUUUAACCUCAUCAUCUACAAAUCUCUUGUCGUAUCUGAGCUCGCCGACUCAAGCAAUCAAUCUCGUCCGCAACGUCAGUGUUGUGCCCACGCGCGGCAUGCACGACUAUUUUUGGUGGGAUAUUCGCAACCUUCGCAGUUGGAACUCUUUCUCACUCGGUACUUUUGAUUCAAUCCGAGGCCUCACUAAGCUUCUCAAGACCGAGAUUCUCGGCACUCUUGCUCCUCCGGUGGUAGUGAGUCCUCAGCGCUUAGCCCCAGAGUCGGAGCCCGCGCUGGUUGGUCUGAUUCGCGACCUUUAUGCACCCCGGAUCAACGCUGCGCUGGCUGUUUCCCAGGGCGCAGAGCAUCUCCAGCUCUACACAGCACCGGACAUGCGCUAUGCUGGCCACAAAAACCACGGCCAUCCGCACUUCCUCGCCAAUUAUGCCACAGACUCGGAACACACUGCUUCUGGUCAGCCCCGUGGUCGUCUAGUGGGAAUCGUCAAGAGCUUCGAUCGUUGGAACUCUGGCAUGCGUAUUGAAGCGCCACACCGACGCGUCGAAUAUUUGAAUGGCUUGGCUCAUCUACAACGCUGUAUGCGUGAACACUCUUGCCGAUACGGCUUUAUUAUCACCGAAAUCGAGCUCGUUUGCGUUCGCGCCGGCUGUGACGAGGGUGACGAUGUCCCUUACUUUGGUUAUCUCGAAGUCGCAGCCCCAAUACCCCUCAAAACCGCCUUCACCCAGUCAAGUGCACGCGAUGCACCAUCCCUAUCCACCCCUAUCAGCGCACGAUCUUUCUCUUCGUCAUCACACGGAUCAUCCUCCUACUCGAACCAUGACUCCCCAGUCCCCGAGCUCGAGCCAUCAGACGAAGGUCUUUCUGUCCCGAUGACAGCCAGCUUAGCAUUGUAUUUUCUGAUGAUGCUCUCAAAAUCCGUUCCACUCCCUUUCCAGCCAUCCGCCCACCUCAACGUUGGCGGCCCCGGGGCUCUCACUCGGCAGCGUAUCCUGCCCGAGGCAAAGGAUAAAUGGAUCCCAGAACCGCAGAUCGGCGAGAGACGUGAUGCUAAGCGCGUACGCGGGUGGGUCUGGCCUCAAGAUGCUUGGCAUCGCCGGGAAGGUGGUGGCCUUCCUCGUUCGAGGAUGUCGGAUGGGAAGAAAAGGUGA